CUGGGAAGCCCGCUAAUAAACCCCGACGCUAAAUCUUGCAGAUGCCAUGAGCUUCGGGCGCGACGUCAACUUUUUUUCUAUUCGGUAUGAGAACAUAGUCAAGUACUCCGUAAAGGGAAAGGUAGAGGGACAAUCGCGACAGCAUAUCCAAACACCGACACCUCGCCCAUCACGAACCGUCAGAUGUUAUGAGUGCGCCGAGAACUGUUUGUCUCGUAUGUCGCCAUAGACUUGCGACGAAAGCUGCCCUGCAGACGUCGCAAUGGCGCUCUCAGCGCUCAUACUUGCCCGGCGCCGCUGCCUCGACAUUUGCAGGUGACCGCCAGGCCGAGGAUCCGGUACCAACACAGAGCGCGCAAGGGACCGACAUGCAGAGCGGAGGGCAUUCAUCGAGGCCCAGUAUACGACGUGUGAUCCAGGAAGACAGGCGGCCGAGGUCACGCCAGCCCUUGAAAUCACUACGGCGAGAUGGCAAUGCGACUGCUGAUGCCGAUAUGGCCGUUCUCUUUCGACAAAUAGUCGACCGCCCGGCCGAUGCCCUUGCUGCAGAUGCCACGCACACGAAUUCCCUCGGCAUAAAACUCGUUCAGGACAUUGGCAAGCUGCAAGACAUGCUGGAUGCCAAAGCGCCCACGGCCGAAUCGUUCAAGUUUCUACGCACAGUCCUCUAUCCCACCAUCACGCAGAAAGGUGUCAAUAUACCCAAGGUCUUCCACACCGUUGUCUCGAGUCUCAUGCACGAAGUUUUCAAUGACAAGAAGAGAGAUGUCCUCAACCCUGAUCUACCAUCGGCAGCCGAGAUCUUCCGCGUCUACGUGGAUAUUGGUGAUCUAAACCCCAAGAAAUGGUUGUCGCUCACUGGAGAGUUGGUCCGCUAUCUGUGCGAGAUGAAUACCUCUGCCGAUGACUAUACCUCGAUAGAGGCGUUCGAGGACCAUCUGGCCACAAAGAAUAGAGUCAUUCUAGAUCUCGUAGAAUCCUGGAAGGUUCUUUCACUACCCAGGUCUCAAGUCGCUCUAUCAACCCAGGAUGAGAACAAGAUCCUCGACGGGUUUUGGUUUCCCAGGCUUGACAAGUUCGCCAUCAGCAAAUACGAGAGGUCAAACAACUUCUCCCUAGCCCUCAGUAGUCUAUUCCCCCAGUACGCCCCUAAUCAGCUGGGAGAUAAGUUGGCUGUUCUUGCCGUGGCAACUCUCGCGCUCCUCAUAGAUGGUACGAGAAGCAACUCGAGCUCUCGUCGAGGUGCCUCUCGAUUCAUCACAAAGGUCGCCAACCUUAUGAGCUUCACUGGCGUCAGCGAGGCGGCGCUUCGAAAGGCCAUCAAAGCCACCUAUCCUUCCGCUGAGAGCUACAUCAUGGGACAGUGGCCAACCAUCGAGGAGCAUCUGCAGGACUCUACUCCAGCCAAGGAAACGCCGAGCGAAUCGCCAAGAUCUUCCCAUUUGAGGACGGCGAGAGGCUCGCACGGCACCGCGUACUUUGAGAAGAAGCUGAGCCAAGCUUACGGCACCCGCAACGCCAGAGAGGUGGACCGCCUAUGGCACGAGUUUGUGGGUCCAUCUGAGAGCAAAACAGCCAAACCAGGACUGCAGCAGAACCCACACCUCUUCGACUCGUUCAUCAACACCUACAUGGCUCUAAACAAACCCGACAAGGCCAUCGAGGUAUGGAACACUCUGUCCAAGGUCGGCUUGAAGCCAACGCUCAAGACUUGGAACGUCAUGCUGGACGGUUGCAAGAAGGCACAGAAUGUCAACGGCUUGAAAACUGUCUGGGACCGCCUGGUCAACUCUGGGGCAAAGCUCGACGUACCCAUAUGGACCACACGAAUCGCUGGUCUGAUGGAGUGUAAUGAUCCGGCAGCGUCUAUCACUGCCCUUGAGGAGAUGGCGGUGCUUUGGAAUCGUUUUGAACAGACGAAGCAGGGCCAUGCAGUCAAACCUACCAUCGAACCUGUCAACGCUGCCAUGUCAGGCUUGAUCCGUCUUAACAAUCAUGGUGCGGUACAGACCCUGCUGGCAUGGGCAAAGAGGCAGAAUAUCACGCCAAACAUCUUCACCUUCAACUUGCUGUUGCGACCUCUGAUCCUGGACGGCCGUGAGAAGGAGGUACAAGCCAUCUUCAAGAGCAUGGAGGCCUCGGGUGUUUCGGCUGAUGCCGCCACCUUCACCGUCAUACUCGAGGGUACACUUACCCGGCUCGAUGCGUGGGACCCUCAGAGGCAGGUCGAAAUUGUGGCAGCCGUCUUCGAAAACAUGAAACAAGCUGGUCUCGAUGCUAAUCACCAGACUUAUGGAAAGAUGAUACAUCUGCUCCUCCGGUCCGGCGACCGAGCUCAAGAAUCCGUGAAGGCCGUCUUGGACCAUCUGUAUGAACAAGGCCUCGAGCUCUCUCCGCAUAUCUACACGACGCUAGUGGAGCACUUUUUCUCACGCAGCCCGCCUGACAUCGCCGCGGUCAACAAGCUCAUUGAGCGGCGUCGCCUGCUUGACUUCGAUGACAUGGACCGUAUCUUUUACGACCGCGUCAUUAAGGGGUACGCCUCGGCAGGCGACCCAGAGACUGCGUUCAACAUCUACCGCAAGCUCAGCUCCACUGGCUUCCUAGUCAACCUGGAUGCUCAGUAUGAGCUCCUACGCGCUCUGCUGGUCGUCGAAAGGACUGAUGAUGCCCGUGUGCUUGUGGAAGAUACCGUCAAGCGGUAUGCUGAGCAGCAUGGCGAGGGUAGUUGGUUGGGUCAUCGCUUCUGGCAUACGGCGGAGAGGGCUGGCAUCAUCGACUGGGUUCCAGACGCUCGUGGUGGAAAGGCUGUCAUUUGUUCCCGAGAGUAGUAUACUAUUUUGUAGAUAUAUACUUAGCCUGUAUAUUAUAGCCCAGUACUAGGUUAUAUAACAUAACCCGUAAAUAUCCCAAAUAACGAUAAAUUUUAUUAUCCUUCUAUAUCA